ACCUCAUUAGGCAAAGGGUUUUCAACUCUCGAAAAUGCCUGGGGUAGGCAGAAAACCUUAGUACGGGGGAACAUUUAUCGAUUUUCGGGACGCUUCUCAGAAGCAUGCCAAGUACUAGAGUACUUGACGUCAACUAUUGAAAUGUAUCUUGAUGCCCUCCAGCACAUCAGAUCGCUCACACGAAAGGCCAAUUUGGAUAUUUUCUCAAUAUCUGCAGGGGCUGCCAUCCUAGACCGAAUUCGAGGUAAUCUGGGGGAUUCCUGGAAUAGGAGGAGGGAUGUUUUUAGCGCACUGAAGUCGUGCGGACUAUCACCUGGGUAUCUAGAUGCGCUCGUCUUGUACUCGAUGAGCAAGAUCGAAUUGAGGACCUCCACAACGAGAGAAACCAGGGACAGUAUACGAUCACUAUUUACGGGGCAGAAGCGCCAACACCGUUGCCUUGAAUUAGGCUCCCUGUGGCCAAGUAUCUGGGAAGGCUUCACUGCGGUACAAUAUAACGAAGGGCCAAUGUAUCCAAUUAGGCGAACAUAGAUACCUGGUAUUUUACCCUCCUGACGCUGGCGUAGAAAGUUGUUGAGAAAGCCCCAAUGCUAAGCCGAAACGCCAGAGGAGGCUGCUGGACGAAUAUUCUCGAAUGCGCCGUACAACCUCGGGAGUUAUGCGCUUCAGAAUGGGCAAAAUGUAUCUGCUUAUUGC